CGAUUGUGUGAACCCUAUGAAAGGCACACAUUGACUGUGAGUUGAAGUUUACUCGCUGUUUGUGUUCACAGUUUCAUACAUCGACUGAAUUUAAAUUGAUUUAACUAUAGUUACAGUAUAUUUGAGUCCAUAAUAAAUAAGUGUGAAAAAUGUCGUUAGAUUUGGACGAUUUGAACACAUCCUCGAUGGACAAAGACUUACAAGACUUUCUGGUGAUAGAGCAGCAAAAGGCACACUUCCAACAACAGAUCCACCGUUUGAAUGAGAUUUGUUGGGAUAAGUGUGUGACGGAUAAGCCGUCGUCCAAACUGGACUCGAGGACUGAGGGCUGUCUCAACAACUGUGUCGACCGUUUCAUCGACGCCUCGCUGGCCAUCACUCAACGAUUCGCUCAACUCAUUCAGAAGCAGUCCAUGAAUUGAUUGGUCACUCAAUUCAUGCAUUUAUCACUAUUUCAUAGAUUUAUUGCAAUUAUAUUAGAAAUAAAUGUUUAUUUGAUUUCUUUAUAAAACAAUUUUUAAAUUACAAUCAA